AUGGGUAAAUCAAAAGAACCAUUUUCAAUCGAAAAUUAUGAAAUUUUACCUGGUACAGUUCAUUUAGUUGAUAUUGGUCAAAAUUUAAAUGUUAAAAAAGCUGGAGAUGGAGAUAUCAUUUUACAUCCUCAACCAACCAAUAAUCCAAAUGAUCCAUUAACUUGGUCGAAAGGAAAAAGAGCAUUUCAAUUUUCAUUAAUUUGGUUUUGGGGAUUCAUGGUUGCUGGUUCUUUCAAUUUUAUGGGACCACUUUAUACUGCUUGGAUAGAAGACUUUGGUGUUACUUUAAAUCAAAUUUUGAUUGGAUCAGGUUUAGGUUUCUUAUUUUUAGGUACUGGUGUUACAAUCAUUCAACCAACUGGUUUGAAAUUAGGUAAACAAUUUGUUUAUAAUGUUUGUACAAUUUUAUCAAUUGUUGCUUGUGCUUUUGGUUCACAAACUAAAGAUAUUGCAUACUUUUAUGCUUUUAAGAUUGUUAUUGGUCUUGCUGCUUCUCCAGUUGAUUCAUUAGUUGAAAUUUCAUCUACUGAUAUGUUUUUCCAACAUGAAAGAUCUACUGCUAUUUCAUGGUUGGUCAUGGCUUUAUAUGGUGGUUCUGAUUUAUUCCCAGUUGCUGCAGGUUACAUUGCUGAUUCAAUGCAUUGGAGUUGGACUUAUUAUGUUCAAAUCAUGAUUUAUGUACCAUUAUUGAUUGUUCAAAUUUUCUUCAUGGAAGAUUCUACUUUUAGACGUGGAGGUUCAAAAAAUAAUGAAGAUUCAUUAGAAGAAGGUAUUUUGAAACAAAUUAAAUCAAAUGAAACUAAUGAACAAGUUGCUACCCUGGAAGAUAGUAAAGAACAAGUUGAAAUUGAAGUUGCAUCUGUCAAUAGUUCAGAACUUCCAAAAAGAACUUAUUGGGAAAAUAGAAAUUGGGUUCAUCGUGAAUAUAAUGAUAAAAGAUCUUGGUUUCAAAUUUUCCUUAGACCUUUCACUUUAAUUACUUUUCCAGCAGUUGUUUGGGGUGGUAUUAUUUAUGGUGGUCAAAUGUGUUGGAUCUCACUUAUUGUUAACUUACAAGCUGCUAUUUAUUCUAAUCCACCAUAUAAUUUCAGUGUUGGUAUAGUUGGUUUAACAACAUUAGGUAUGUUUUUUGGAAAUGUGGUUGGUAUGUUUUAUGGUGGUCCAUUUAUUGAUUGGUUAGCUGUUAAAUUAGCAAGAAGAAAUCAUGGUAUUUUGGAACCAGAGCAUAGAUUACAUGCUAUGCUUGUCCCUACUGUUUUAAACGCUGCGGGUGUUUUAGCUUUUGGUUUAGGUGCAUACUACGGAUCUCACUGGACUAUAUCAGUAGUGAUUGGAAUGGGUUUUAUGGGUUUUGCAAUGACCAGUCUGGGCAGUUGCAGUUUAGUGUAUGCAGUUGAAUGUUAUGGCAAGCUUGGAUCUGAGUGCAUAGUCUUGAUGUUGUUCAUCAGAAAUAUGAUUGGUAUGGCUUUUACAUUUGGUAUCGGACCUUGGAUGGAUGCAGCUGGUACUUAUACUACUACCUGGUUGAUGUUCAUGCUUUCUCUUAUAAUCAAUGGAUCUUAUCUUAUAUUGAUUUUCUGGGGUAAAACCUUUAGAAGAUGGACUAAGGAUCGUUAUGAGAGAAUGACUGUCGGUCUUGUUGCUCAUUAA